ACACUGGCCCUCCAUCUUGCCAGCCAUACAGUCGGCGGUGGACACGGAGGACGCGAGCUCUGGCCCCGGCCUGAGAGCACCUUGGGGCCUCGCUAAUGGCGGACCCCCUGGGGGCCCUCUGGGAGUCGGCCGGAAGCUACGCCUACUCGCUACACGAAUUGGCCACAAUGAGGCUCAAGCUGAACGUCCCCCUUCCAGAAGAAAAAUGUCUGCUGCACAGCCGCCACGUUAGCCCCGGCUUCGAGGACCGGCUGAGGUCCUACAGGGGAACAUCAGACAAGACAGCACCCUUUCCGUUCCGACCGGCAUGGGCCCCGGAGCGGCUCUCGCCGGAAGGAGCCAUGUCACUGUCCUCCCCUGAGCCCGACGACCGGCAGGACACGCUGUCCCUGCUGCGGUCCAACAGCUACGGCUCGGACGACUCCUCCACGUCCUCGGACGAAGAGUCCUCGGAGAUGAGCCAGACAACCGAGAACGGGAGCCCGGAGGCCAACAACAACAACCUCGUCGAGUCCCGGAUCGACUUCGUGACGGCACGUCCGGUGUCGCCCCAGCUGGCCAACGUGCUCUCGCUGAACGUGGGGCCGUCGCCUUCCUUAGACGCGACCAGCGACCUGGUCAACGUUUGGGCGCCUGGAAGCUUGGUGGACCUCAGCACGGGUAACCGUACCGAGACCAAGAUCCUCAACACGGCGGACGCUCGUAACCUGAACCUCGACGACGAAGCCGUGCGCAACGCGUGUCGUCGGAGGCUCGAGGAAGAGGAGGAGGCCCGGUGGCCGGACCAGGUGGCGCAGAUCUUCGACAAGGCGGAGCUGACCAGGGAGGCGACCACGUCGGCGGCGUCGCUCCUCAACUUUACCCCGGAGAAGGUGCGGCGGUCCAGGUUUCCCGAGGGGCGUCGCCGGACUGCGUCGCCGCAGCGCGACUUCGACGUUUACAACAUCGAGACGACGAUGCCGACCAUCGACUGGGACGCCAUGGAGACGCAGCUGGCCAGAGCCGCUAAGGAGGCCGACUGGAUCGCGAGGCGUCGCCAUGACCGGGAGGAGAUUCGGCGCAAGCUGGCCAUGGACACGGACGUGGAGGAAGUUGAGCGCCGCAAGCCCAGCCUGACGUCCAGGCUGCAGGGCAGCAAGAGUCUCCAGGUCUGCUUCAUGAACCAGACCUUGGAGGACCCCAGGGAACAGGAGGAAGAUCAACAGCAGCAGCAACCUUCACCACCACCACCACCACCUGCGGCACCUCUCCAAACAACAGUAAAAACGGUGGUAGAGGCCAGUGCCCCUGGCCCCGCCCGGAGACCCUCGCUGUUGUUUGGGCGACGCCGUGUGUGCCGGCAGCCACCAGAGGGCGAGGAGGCAUUCAGCGUGCGUCAGGCGCGUCUGCAGGCGGAGGCCAGGAUGGCCCUGGCUCAGGCCAAGGAGAUGGCCCGCAUGCAGAUGGAGGUUGAGAGGCAGCAGCGCAAGAAGUCACCCAUCGCCGAGAUUGUUGGCAUUGCAUUCCCCGACGGUCGCCACCGGCUGAGCCGCCAGAUGCUGACGGACAUGAACGUGGCACAGCUGCAGGUCAUCGUCAACGACCUCCACUCGCAGAUUGAGAGUCACAACGAGGACCUGGUGCGUUUCUUGCUAGAACGAGACGACCUGCACAUGGAGCAGGACUCCAUGCUGGUGGACAUUGAGGACAUGACUCGAUACCUGGGCGCCAAGAACUCUCAGGAGAAUACAGGCGUUUCCAGCAUCCAACCGGAGGCCAAGUGAAACUCUCGGCGUGUGCGGCCAUCGUCUUUGGACCCACAAGUCUAUUUUCAUUUUGAACGAUGGGGGCGGGGGAGAGCAUGUUGUGUUUUCUUCGGGGGCCUCUUGGCCCAAACGAACGCGGUACCGCAAAGACCGAACGAAGGGACUCAACGAUAGUCGGCGCCGGGAGAGCUUCAGAAUGGAAGCCAAAGGUUCCUUUCAAACUCCAAAAAAGCACGGUCUCCUCAAGCAGGUCUCUAUUCUGAGGUUCGCCCGAAACUCAAAACGCGCAUUGUGACUCUUGAGAGCUCUUAGAGCCAAUGUCUUAGCCAGUAGCACUGCACUGGAGCCAACGACAGGGCUAGCUGAUGUGGCUUGCUGCUUUCUAGUCUAGGGCCGUGCCAGCAGAAGUUGGCCCCCCUCCCCCGCACCAAUUACGCCAUCAAGGAAUCUCCCAGUCUCACUUGAGGAAAUAAGACCUCUGGGUGGGAUACUGCGCUGCUCUGGGCAGAAAUGCUCAUUUCCUAUAUACAUAAUACUAUUCCCCCCUUUCCUCGUUUUAAAGCCUUUUCACAUGUGCAUGUCACCACUGAGAUAACGAAAAGUCAGUGCUGCACCAGUACUCACCAGCUUUACCAUCAGUGCUGACAGUAGCACUUCUAAGUACAGUUGAAUCUCAUUAAUUCGAACUCGAGGUGGACCGAAAAUUUGUUUGAAUAAAGCAAAGCUUGACUACCCGGGAGUUUCCUCUCAUAGAGACGCAUAGGAUGGGACCUGCAUGUUAGUUUGAAUUAACGAGAUUCGACUGUAUAUGUGACCAGGCUUCAAGGCCACUCUGUCAAACACAGGGCAGCGACAGAAUCCCGAGUGCCAUCAUUUUUUCUCCUCCUCGGUACGAACCGACGCAGACGGCGGUCGUGUCUUGUAACUUUCGUUUUCAGACAAGCAUCUUCACUAGUGUCGUGUUCUGCACUGUUCUGUUUGUGUGCGCGAAGCAUGAUUUGCGGUACGAGCUUAACGCGUUCCCCCGGCUGCCCAGAUUCCGCACGCGAGGCUUCGGCGCGUAGCCAGCUCCUGGGCUUUUGUGACGUGUCGGACGCGAGUUGUGUUUUGUGACGUAGUGUGUAUAACGCCCGUAUUUAUUUGUUGCGAGAGAGAGGACCAGUGGCUAUUGGUGCGACCAGAGGACCGUGACCUCCCCACGAGAUAAAACGGCACUGCUUGUAUCGACGUCGCCUGUUUCAAUGAGCGGUUGAAUAAAUAUACCACUAAUUUAGAA